UGAUGCUGUUGUCGUUGCACGUUGUACCUCCUAGGUGUGUAGUACAUACAGUAUACAGAGUUGGUGGUCGACAGUCAGUUUCGAAGCAAGUCUCGCGUCGGCCGGGACGCGCGCGAGAGAGGUUUUCGCGCUCGCAUCAGGUGCACGAUAUACGCGUAAGAUGAGCAGCAGCAUAUUUAUCGUUGGGCAAAAAACGAUAGCGGCAUGACAGCGCGACACUGUCUCGUUCUCGUCGCGCUUUUGCACGUGCAUCGGGCAUCGCCGGUUGGACCACACGAAUCCUUCUUUCUCGGCGAACAGUUAGAUCUCAAUGCCGCAGCGAACAGCAGCCGGAGGGCGGACAAAUGGGGCGGCAACCAGCAGGGGGCCCCGUUCGACGAGGUGGAGCGCGUAGAGCCGCGCGUCGUGCACGCGCCGAAAUGGUCCCCGAGAACGGCACCGGCGCUCAGCAGCACCGGUAAUCGCAGGCGCGACCCAAACCGGGGUCAACGUCAAACUGGGGGCAUCGGCGACGACGACGACGACGAGGAGAGAUCGUCGGAGGCCGCGGACUCGGGCUUACCUGCCCCCGUGCCCACUUCUGGCAUCGACGAGGCUUUUUGCGACUUUGGUCCUUUGCCCGCUCAUUCGCUUUGCGAGUGGCAGGACGGCUGCGGCGAGCUGACCUGGACACCCGGUACCGGCAUCUCGACCAACUGGCUCGGCGGGCCACCGAUCGACUCGACGGCCGGCACUGCCGAGGGAGGGUACGCGUUCCUGGAGACGUCGCAGGCGAAAAUCAAGCCAGGGCCCGGAGGUACGGCCGUCUCGGCCAACUCGAUAAGCCCGAACGGGCUGUUGCACAGUCCCCAACUGGGGAGCACGGGGGUGCAGGGCACCUGCUUCAUGUUCAAGUACGCGAUGGACGGAUUGAGCUCGGCCGGGCUGCGGGUCCUCCUGCAUCCGGGCUACGACGACUUUAGCUCGACCAUAGCCAAGCUCAACGACACCAGGCCCGGCACCAAGUCCUGCGACCGCUACUCCAAGCGGUUGCUAUGGCACGCCCACUACCACGUGCUCGGUGCCUGGCAGCAGGCCCAGAUACUCUACACCUACCCGGAGUUGCACACCCUGAUCGUCGAAGGAAUACCGGUGGACCCGGCGGAUCCAUCGCGCUCCUACAGGGGCUACGUGGCGAUCGACGACAUUGAUCUCCAGCCGGGCUCGCUGUGCAUCACCUACUGCAACUUUGCCGCGGGAUUUUGCGACUGGGCCAACGACAUCGACGACGACUUUGACUGGUCCAUCAGCCGAGGCAGCGGGAAUCCGACGACUGGCCCGGUGAUGGAUCGGGAAUCGGGGGCGUUCGGGAGCUCGGUCGGAGGGGGUGGGUACGCCUACAUCGACUCGAGCUAUCCCCGGAGGCCCGAAGACCUGGCCAGACUGUCGAGCAAGGCGAUACCGGCCACCUCGUCCGACUCCCCGAUGUGCAUGCACUUUUCCUUCCACAUGUUCGGCUCGGGCGUGGGCGAGCUGCGAGUCAGUCUCAAGCACGCGCGCAGCAUCGACUCCCAGCUACAGGAGAUCUGGUCGCUGCGGGGCAACGCGGGCAAUUCCUGGUUCGACUCGCGCGUCACGGUCAGCUCGCUCGACGACUUUCAGAUCGUGUUCGAGGCCAGCGUCGGGAGCACCGGCAUGGGGGACAUCGCCAUCGACGACAUCAACUUCACAGCUGGACCCUGUCCCACGUCGCCGCAAGUGGCAGCGCCGAGCAAUUUUCCGCACGACUGUACCUUCGAGAUCGACGAGUGCGAGUGGGUAAACAGCCGCGGUGACCCGAGCGCCCCGACUUCCGUGGCCUCGGGUGGUGGGCUACCGAUUCACGGCCGCGUCACCUGGGAGCGCGUCUCCCAGUCGAAUCUGAGCCCCCGCAACCAGCGCAAGCCGUACAGUCUGCCCGUGGCUCGGCCUCGCCAGGAGUUCUUCGCUGCCUUGACGAUCCACGGUGCCUCGCCUCCCAUCGUCGGAACGGCCUACCUUCUCAGCACGGAGAUCAAACCCAGCGGCGAGCCGCUCUGCCUUAGUUUCUGGUACCUCAUGUUCGAGUCGUUCAUCGAUGCGACCGGCCCGAGCUUGGGUGCGUUUAUUUUUGCUUUCACUACACGUCAUAUAUGGUCGCUGACCGCGAAAGGAUUCAAUAAUCCGAGACCUUCGUGGACCUGGGCGCAAGUAGCUAUAGAGGCUCGCUCGCCGUAUCGGCUGAUAUUGGAAGGAAGUGCCAGCAACGGCGGAUUCGCGAUCGACGACAUCAAGUUCCAAUCGUCAUCUUGCUCGAUACGGCCACCAACGGCGAAACCAUCAUCAUCAUCAACGGGCUCGCUAGAAUUAUAAUUAAUUUUACACACUUAUCUCACAUGCAAUUGAAUUCUUGAGAUUAUAUUAUAACAUAAAAUUAUUGUUUGUACCUAUAAUACUUAAUUAUUAUCACGAAAAUUGUAAUUUAUUGAUGAUUCGCUUGAACUCAUCAUGAGAAAUAUACGUAUAUUUUUUAUUUA